UUCUUUUCGCAACUGUGCAUCCAAGAAGAUAAUUUAUUGAAUAAAAAAAUGAAACUUCUAACGCAUAAUAUGCUGACUUCAAAAUGCCUGAAAGGCGUAACGGUCGGAUAUCCUUUAGGAAUUGUUGCGAAAGAUAUUAAAGUGUCAGAAGUGGAUUUUAAUUCAGAAUUUAUUGCAAGAAUAAUCCCAAAACUCGAUUGGGCCACACUGUGGAAAGCCGCGGAGAGUGUAAGUUCCUUGUCGAAUUUGUUACAGCACCGUUCUACAGACAUUGAGACGAAUGAAGAAUUUCUGAAGAAAGUUCAUCACGUAUUACUCGAAGUUGAAGUUAUUAAUGGAGAUCUGUUAUGCCCAGAAUCUGGUAGAAAAUUUCCUAUUAAUGAUGGUAUACCAAAUAUGCUUUUAAACGAAGACGAAGUUUAA